AUGACCGCCAGAGCCCGAAAACCUCAAAAAACACCCCGCCGACCUCCCCUCACGCUCAAAACAGACGACGCGAAUGCCGCCGCCAACGGCAACGGCCACGCCACCAUGAGCAACGGAGUCGAGAUGCGCCGCAAGGCCCCCAACUCCGACAACGUCGCCGACAGCUUCAUGGCCAGCGAGUCCUUCUCCCUCGACGACCCCGUCCCCAAGACCCCGGCCCUCAACAACCACGGCUUCUUCGACCUCCCUCUCCAGGACCAGCGCAACUUCCUGCUGCUGGUCUUGUUAUACUUCCUUCAGGGCAUCCCAAUGGGCCUGGCCACCGGCUCCGUGCCCUUCCUCCUCAAGAACCACAUGUCUUACAGCGAGAUUGGCAUCUUCAGCUUGGCCUCGUAUCCCUACUCUCUGAAACUCUUCUGGAGCCCCUUUGUCGACGCCGUGUGGAGCCCCAAGAUUGGACGCCGCAAGACCUGGAUCGUGCCCAUCCAGUUCUGUUCGGGCUUCGGCAUGCUGUAUUUGGGGUCGCAUGUUGAGGGCAUGUUGGCUACGGCCGGCAAACCUGGCGGCAUGACGGCCUUUUCCUUCAUGCUGUGGUGGUUCUUCCUGGUCCUCAUGUGCGCCACCCAGGACAUCGCCGUGGACGGAUGGGCGCUGACGCUGCUGACGCCUGGCAAUGUGUCGUAUGCGUCGACCGCGCAGACCGUGGGCCUUACAGCUGGCCAUUUCAUGUCGUACACCGUUUUCCUCGCCUUCAACGCCGCCGACUUUGCCAACAAGUGGUUCCGAGCCGUGCCUUCCGACGAGGGUCUCCUCUCUCUGGGUGGAUAUCUCAAGUUCUGGGGCUGGGCCUACAUCAUUGUUACCAUUGGCCUCGGCCUUCUGAAGCGGGAAGAGAAGUCGCACAACGAGGACGGCGUCUGGGACGUGUACAGGAUCAUGUGGGGCAUCCUCAAGCUCAAGAAUGUCCAGACCAUCAUCAUUGUGCACCUCAUCGCCAAGAUUGGCUUCCAGGCCAACGACGGUGUCACCAACCUGAAGCUCCUGGAUAAAGGCUUCGGCAAGGACAACAUGGCCCUGACUGUUCUCAUCGACUUUCCCUUCGAAAUUGGCCUGGGCUACUAUGCUGGUAUGUGGUCGCAAAAGUAUACGCCCAUGCGCCUCUGGUGCUGGGGCUUUAUGGGCCGUCUCAUCGCUGCCCUCUCCGCUCAGUUUGUCGUGGCCAUCUUCCCCUCGGAGGGCGUGACGCCUUGGUAUCUGUUGGUCGUCAUCGCUGAACAUCUCUUUUCGACAUUUACAAACACCAUCAUGUUCGUGGCCGUCUCCGCCUUCCACGCCCGAGUGUCCGACCCCGUCAUUGGCGGUACCUACAUGACACUCUUGGCGACGGUUUGCAACCUUGGCGGCACGUUCCCACGAUACUUUGUUUUGCAGCUUGUCGAUACCUUUACGGUGGCGACGUGCAACCCCGGCAAGUCUGAUGCCAAGGGUCUCAAGGGCCCGCUUGUGACCGAGGCCUUCUCAUGCGCACUGCAGGUUGAGAAGGAGAGGUGCGAGAGCGGAGGAGGCACGUGUGAGAUGAUUCAUGACGGAUACUACUCUGUAAAUUUGCUGUGUGUGGCAUUUGGUGUAGUGACCUUCUUGUGGUACAUCAAGCCCAAGGUGCUCCACCUGCAGAGCUUACCCCUACGGGCCUGGAGGUUGACGGCCGGGAAAUGA